GAGCACCCUGUCUUGCGUUAUUGCUUUCGUCCGCGGUGCGCGUACCCGAACCGGCUCCUACACACCACACCACAUCACGUCACUCAGACAGAGCCGCGGCGAAGAUGGCGAUGCGAGCAGCGCUUGUCUGUGUGUGUGCAAACUUUCCUAAAACACUGUCACUGCUGCCCCGGGCUGCGCAGAGACCCGCUUACUGGUUGUGGAAGCCAUGUGUUCCACGGACCUUCUCCACCGUCUCCAGACUAUCCUCAGCUCUUAAAUUCACAGACAAGCACGAAUGGGUGCGAGUGGAGGGCGGGACCGGUAUAGUUGGCAUCAGCAAUUUUGCACAGGAAGCUUUAGGGGAUGUGGUAUACUGUGGUCUUCCGGAAGUUGGCACAAAACUAAAGAAAAUGGACGAGUUUGGCGCUUUGGAAAGUGUGAAAGCUGCCAGUGAACUGUACUCUCCACUGACUGGAGAGGUGACUGAAAUAAACACAGCGCUGGCAGACAACCCUGGACUCGUCAACAAAUCCUGCUACAAAGACGGUUGGCUUAUAAAGAUGACGCUUGAUAACCCCAGUGAGUUGGAGGAGCUGUUGGAGGAAGAUGCUUAUGAAAAGUAUAUAAAAUCCAUUGAGGACUGAGGACAGUUUAAGAGGCAGUAAUCCAGUUUCUAGUAGAAGUUCUCUACUAGAACUUUUCCACACUAAACCUCCCCCCUCACCCUGAGCAACUACAGCUGCACACCAGUUAUGGACUCAACGGAAAACUGCAAAUAAAACACAACGUUUUCUAAAUAGACAACAUUGGAAUAUGUAGAGUCUGGCAUAUUUUUCCAUUUAACCUUUAAUUCCAGGGCUGUGACUAUGGAAUUUGCCCCAUCUCUAGGGCUGGUGUUCAGAUCCCAGAGCUGGGAAAGUUAUGAGACACAUGGCUUGACCCAGAAUCUGUCCCAAUUUUCUGUGUGACACCAGCCAAUUCAGGCUAUAAAUCAUACUGUAGCUUUAAUGUGUGUUUACCACAAGUGUUUUUGGAUUCCCUCUUGUACCCUUCAGAUAAGAAAUUGCUUACUAUCUUGCAUACAUUUUGAUAAUUUGUUAUAACAAAUACACUUUUUUUUUUUGUCUCUA